AGUGAUUCCGUCCUGCGCGGCUGUUCCUUGGAGCAGUACUCAUUUAUCUCCGUCCGCCUUCUCCCCCACCUAAGUGCGUGCCACCACCUCAUGGAAGAUUCGAUGGACAUGGACAUGAGCCCCUUGAGGCCUCAGAACUAUCUUUUUGGUUGUGAACUAAAGGCCGACAAAGAUUAUCAUUUUAAGGUGGAUAAUGAUGAAAAUGAGCACCAGUUAUCUUUAAGAACGGUCAGUUUAGGGGUUGGUGCAAAGGAUGAGUUGCACAUUAUUGAAGCAGAGACAAUGAAUUAUGAAGACAGUCCAAUUAAAGUAACACUGGCAACUUUGAAAAUGUCUGUACAGCCAACGGUUUCUCUUGGGGGCUUUGAAAUAACACCACCGGUGGUCUUACAGUUGAAGUGUGGUUCAGGGCCUGUGCCUAUUAGUGGGCAGCACUUAGUAGCUGUGGAAGAAGAUGCAGAGUCAGAAGAUGAAGAGGAGGAGGAUGUGAAACUCUUAAGUAUGUCUGGAAAGCGAUCUGCCCCUGGAAGUGGAAGCAAAGUUCCACAGAAAAAAGUAGAACUCGCUGCUGAUGAAGAUGAAGAUGAUGAAGAAGAAGAAGAAAAUGUUGCUAGGAAAAGUGGAUAUCUACAUAAUAAAGAGUGA